GGGGCAAAGCAGAUUCAAAAUGGCGGCGGCCGAGGCGCGGAUAACAAUGGAGGACUGGAGGCUGCUGCGGCGGCGGCUUCGGGCCUGAGGCGGGGCGGCGGGGCGCGGAAGGACGGCGGCGAAGGAGGAGGAGUGGAGCCGCCGGGCGCCGGAGCCGCCGGGCGCCCCUCUCCGUCCUCCAUGGCGGCGUGAAAGGCCUGCUCUUCCCCCUCCUCCUCCUCGCCCGCGGCCCAUGGUCCUCCCUCCCUGCCCGAUGGCGGAGUUCGCGGUGCCCCGGCACAGCGCCGUCAUGGAGCGCCUCCGCCGCCGGAUCGAGCUCUGCCGCAGGCACCACAGCGCCUGCGAGUCCCGCUACCAGGCCGUCUCCCCGGAGCGCCUGGAGCUCGAGCGCCAGCAGACCUUCGCCCUCCACCAGCGCUGCCUCCAGGCCAAGGCCAAGCGCGCCGGCAAGCACCGGCAGCAGCAGCAGCAGGCCCCGGCCCAGCCCCAGGCCCCGGCACCCCAGGCCCCGGCCUCCUCCGAGAGACCCCCGGCCAACGGCCUGGACGCGGACACCGCCGGCGGUGAAGCCCAGCAGCAGCAGCAGCCACACGGAGGACGCAGCAGCAGCAGCAGCGCCCUCAUUGCGCAGCUUCAUGAAACAGUGAAAAGGAAGCUUGAUAGUUCUGUUUCGCCUCAGAAUGGUGACCAGCAGAAUGGCUAUGGCGACAUGUUUUCUGUGCCCAAGAAAUUGCGUCAUGAUGAUAGUGUUGGUGGGUUAACAGGCUCCUCCAAUGGAAUUCCUCCUGUAUCGCCUCUCCACCAGCUUGACAGCAAACCUUCCAGUGGAGACACUUUACAGCUCAAUGGCAAACAUCCCAUAGGGCUAGAUAGCAUCAGCAAAAAGUGUCUGCCAGACUCAAACCUUCAGUUGAAUGGAAGCAGCGAUGCUAAUGAUGUAUUUGCUUUGGCUAUUAAUAAGGAGCUCAAACAAGAACCACCAGAUGAUCUUCCCUGUAUGAUUACGGGACCAGGAAGUUCCAUAUCUCAGAACAAUUUGAUGUCUGAUCUUAACCUUAAUGAGCAAGAGUGGAAGGAGCUCAUUGAUGAACUGAACAGGUCAGUGCCUGAUGAAGACAUGAAAGAUCUCUUUACGGAAGACUUUGAGGAAAAGAAGGAUGUUGAUUCUACUAAUUCAGCUGCACAAACUCCAUUACCACAAGACAUCAUUAUAAAGACUGAAUUUUCUCCAGCAGACUUUGAGCAGGAACAGAUGGGAUCUCCACAGGUCAGAUCAUCUUCAGCUGGCACAACAUUCAUUGGUACCUCUUCUGUCCCUGUUAGUGCUGCUUCUCCAGCAGUUAGUAAUUCUCAAACAAUGUUCCAGCCUUCCAAUCAGUCAGUGACUGAUAAUUCCAGCCAGUCCAUGAUACAGCCAUCCAACCUGUCUCAGAAUGUGCAGAGGUCUCUGCCUAGUUCACUGUUACCUGGACAGAAUACAGGGGGCACCAAAGAGAUGUCAUCUGCUAAACAGCUCCAACAGAUAGCUGCAAAGCAGAAGAGAGAUCAGUUGUUACAGAACCAACAGCAGGUCCAUCAAUCCAACCAGAUUUCUAGCUGGCAGCAGUCAGGAUCUUCUCACAGUCCAUUGGCUGUCUCAUACACUAUGGAAAAUCCCACUAGCCCUUCAGUUUACCAACAGGACUUCAGUAACCAGAAACUCAUGAUGCCCAAUAUGCCAAGCAAAAGUUCUCCCAGGGCUGGGAGUGGUUAUCAUGGUGGAAAUAUGUUAAGCCAUCAGCCAAACAGUUUGACCCAGAACUCUGUGUCGAAUCAAAGCUCUGUGCUGGACUAUGGAAAUACAAAACCUCUUACCCAUUACAAAGAAUGUGGACAAGGAGUUACGCUACCUGGACAGAAUAAGACCUCUAUGUUGGCAUAUAUGCAGCAGCGUCAACAACCCACAUUGCCUCAUAUGAGCGAAGAGCAGAAUGGGAUGUUUGCAGUGAAGAAAUCUGGAAACAUUGCAUACAGGACGCUAGUACCACACAGCCAGGAUCAAAAUCCAGCUGCUGGUGUUCCUCGCAUUCCUGUUUCUGUUGCUGGCCCUGGUGGGAACACACAGCCUCCCAGUGUUUCCAUGGCAGGCAACCAUGGCAACACAGCCUAUCUCAGCAGUCAGCAGCAAGCAGUUGUACUCAAGCAGCGCCAGAUGCUACUGGAUCAGCAGAAACAGCGGGAACAGCAAAAGCAUUUGCUCAUGGAACAACAGAAACAGUUUCUUAUGGGACAGAGGCAACUUCUUGCUGAGCAGGAGAAGCAAAGACAUCAUCAGGAGCAGCAGCUCCAGAGACAUUUAACUCGCCCACCCCCUCAGUACCAGGAUCAGACACCAAAUCCAUACCAACAACAGACAGGACAAUUCACAGGUUCAUCUCCAGCAAUGGCAGGGGUAAAUAACUUAGGCCAAUCCAACUCCAGUAGCCCACGCAUGUUUUCUCAGCCCCAGAACAUGAUCCAGAUUGGAACAGGGCACAAUUCUGUCUCAUCAAGCAGCAAUCAGCAGGAUCGAGGAGUAACUCAGUAUAGUGGCUUGCAGAGCAUCCAGCGAGGUGGUUUGUACAACAUGACACCUGGUAUGACGCAGAUGGUUUCACAGCAUGCAAAUCCCAGUGCCAGUGGGCAGCCACAGAUGCAGAGACAACCCAGUUUGGUUCAAGGCAGUGCUCUUCCUGCUGGAUAUGGACAGAGCACCCUAGGAAAUGCAAGCAUUUCUCAGCAACAUAGUAAAGGAACACUGAAUCCCACAAUAUCCAAACCCCAGAUGGCAAGAAUGCCAACAACAAUUGGGGCUCAAAAUCCAUCAUGGCAGCACCAAGGCCUGCCAAAUCUAAAUACCCAGGCACAAGGAAAUAGUGGUUUAGGGACAUUUACUGCCAGCUCCACUUUCCAUAUGCAGCAGACUCACCUAAAAUUAACCAACCAACAGUUUGCGCAAGGGAUGCCUCAGGUAAGCCUCAACACCAGCAGGCCCAUGGGCUCCAUGAACUCGGCUGUUUCUGGACAGAUGUUACCAUCCAUUAGUGCCCAGCAGCGGACAAACCCUCCUACCCAGCAAACAGUUCCCUCACAACAGGUCUUGCCAGGCAUGAGCCAGGCUGUUCCAGACCUGACUACUUUCAGUCAGAAUCAAAAUCAGCAAAUGCCCAACAGGGCCAAUCUGCACUGUAGUCAAGGCUAUCCUGUGAGAACAACCAGUCAGGAACUGCCUUUUGCCUACAGCAGCCCUUCAGGAGGCAAUGGACUGUCAAGUUUAUCUGGGGAUACAGAUCUCAUAGACACUUUGUUGAAAAACAGGACUUCAGAAGAGUGGAUGAAUGAUUUGGAUGAGUUAUUAGGGAAUCAUUAAAAUGAAGUUUGGGAUUUUCUCUCCCUUUGCUUUUUUUAAAAAUUGAAAAUUAUCUUUGGACCAAAUACCUGUGGCAUUGAGAAGAUUCACAGGCAUUAGUGGGACUGUAUUGGAACUGCUCCCUUCUGGGUCUAACAUGAGAAGGAUGCACCAAUUUUGAUAGGAAAAACAGUGUGAUUUUUGUAGCGUGUCUGGAACACUGCACAUGAAUACAGUCCCCAUCAGUUUGGUGUAUAUCUCAGCUGGCCCUUCAAAAUUUUCAUUUUAGCAUUGUUUUGCAUUUGCAAAACUUAAAUGUUGACCCAUGCAGUGGUGGUGCAGAGAAAGCUGGCAAGGAAGACUCCAAGUAAUUCAGUGUUAAGGCAAUCUUUCCUACAGCUAAUACUUGACUGAUUUCUUGAUCUCAGUUUGGCCUGCUAAAUGGUAGAAGUAGCACCCUGCCAAUAUUUUAUUCCUGAGGAAAGAAUGUGCAACUUUUUAUUUCUUUCUAGGACCAUCUCUGGUUUUGAGGGGAUAGUCUUCUAAUCAGUGAUAUGUAUGCCUGCAUUUUCAGCAAACAAGAUAUGAAAGUUCACAAUAAUUGCUAAUGGCUUUCUGUGCUGGAGAUGUCCAUGUGUUAAAACAUGUCCAGCAGUCGGUUCCUGUAGCCCAAAACGGGGCCUCAGUCUUAAUUGGUUUAUGGCUUACUAAGCUAAGCAAUUUGCACUGCUGUGGGGAGGUGGGUAGUGACUGAGCUCUUGGUUUUUAGAUUUUUUUUUUAAUUUGGCCAAUCAGACUUAAAGUGUGUGCACUUUUCCUAUCCUUUCCAGCAUUCAUUAAAUGAGAGCGUUGGAUUGAUCACAGCUUAUUUCUCCUCUUUGAUUCAAAGAGCAUUUAUAAUAAGCAAUGUUUAUUGUUGCCACAUGAAUGCUGCACCAAUAAGAACAGGCUUUGUUAAUGUUGGUCAAGCAAGCCUUGUGCCUUGGACGUUGUUAACCAACAUGGAAAGCAAUUCAGUAGCGGCACAGGGAACUGGGGCAGGCAUGAUACUUUAUUAAAGGUAGUUCCAUUAUGAGAAGCCCCAACCCUUUGGGGGGAAAUGGUGAUUGAAACUCCUUAGAAAUAAGUAGAGUAUUUUCUGGAGAAGCAGAUGCUGCUGUUUCAAAUUGGUCCAUGGACAAGGUUUCAUGGCUGUUUAGGGUCAGUCCUGUACAGGGCAAGGAAAAGAGAGAAUUGUUCUUAAUAUGUUACCAAAAAAAUUCUUCUGCUUGCCAACAAGCCACCUAUUGCCUUAACCUUUAGUUUAUAAAGGUAAUAAAUUUGAAAGUUGUUUUAGAUGCACAGAUACCUCUCUGUUCCCUCCUCUGGGUUUUCUUUUGUUCUUUAAUGAACGCUAUACCUCCUGUUAUAAGGAUCUUUUAUGUACAUCAUCACACCUGCAACUGAGAAUUAAAGACUUUCCUUCAUGGCAGGCAUAUUCAGGAACAUUUCUACACAAAAAAGUGUAGAAAAGUCUGGGAUAUUUUAGGCACAGGAAUAGUUAAAGGGAUAAAACGGUUAAACCAUGGGAAGGAAAAUACUUUUUUCUGUAUCUGCAGUGUUUUCUCAAAUGUGCACUUUGGAAAAAGAAAUCUGCUUUAACACUACUUUUUUAUUUAAUCUUUUCCCAUUAGUUUUAUGUGCUUGUCACCCAUGAGCAGGUUACAUGUGUUGUGCUAAACAGAUUGUCUUGUAUCUUGAUGGACUGUUGAUGGAGGGAAAUGGAGAAAGCUGCAUAUUGAUGGGUGGUUCCACUGCUGAAUGUCCAAACUGAAGCAAAUUACAUAGCUUGUAUAUUUUAAAUGUUUCUAAGUGGUGAUUGAUUUAAUGAAUAAAGCAGAUGUCACUGAUAUUAUUAAGUAAAUUAGAUUAGCUUUAAAUUUACUAAUCUUUUCCAUAAGUCAUCGUUUGACUGAAUUUGUUUCAGUGAGCUUGGUUUAAUCAAAAAAAUUGAUCCAAGUUGAAUGUCAUCAGGAAAAUCUCCUUUUAAUCUUUGUAGCUGCUUUUCUUGGCCAGCAAAAAGGUGGGGUGGGGGAUGGAGUGGAUAUAAUUGUACUUGUUUUGUAAACGUUUGGGGGAUUUUGCACCAGUGUGCCUUCUUUUUCUUAUUGGAGGUACUUGGGACCUCAUACUUCUUAACUGUCUGGGUUCUGCUGAUUUUCUCCCUUGGGCACACUGAAAAAUGCCAGUUUUUAUGGAAUUUAAAUGAUAUUAAAUUCUAGAUAGAUGUCCCAUGUAGUAUUUGGGUAUAAAGAAAAUGCAACACCUUUCUAAUGCUACAAUCAGAUUUUGAUGUCCAGUAAAAGGCUGCUGUUUCCUCCCUUUAGCCUAGUUAUAUAGGUCUUUGUCAACUGCAAGCACAUGCUGUUUCAACUGCUGUUGAGAUAAAGUGUUCAGCAAUUUGGUCUUGAAUAUUGUUGAAAAGGCAUGUGGAAAAAUAUCCCUUAAAAAUCUGUAGGUAAGAACUUUUAAAUUACAGCACACUUCAGCAACCAUUUGGAUUCUGUCCAUGCAAAAUUAUUCAAAUUGUUAAAAUGUAGCAUUUGUGGAAUAAUGUCUAUGUGCUAUUCAGUGAUCAAUGAACAUGAACAUGGAGGUUGAGUGGGGAAAGGCUGAGUGCUGUCCUUUGGUAACUUGUAGCAGUUCAGAAACAAAUAUAUGCACUUGAGCUUUUCAUUUGCUGCAGCUUCAAAGCAAUAAGAUGUUGACUCCCCCAGCUUUACCCAGCCUGCUGCCUCCGCUUUAUUUAUAGACUGCGGUCAUGAACAGGUGAGAAGGUGUGAAAACAUCACUGUUCAAUAUCCACUGCCUUCCAAAAACCCCACAACUCAAUUGAAAGGGUGCUCAGUUUUUCUAUCCUACACAUUUUCUUUGUGUAAAUAAAUGUUUACAGUUUUAUAUUAAAGACUGAAUAAGAGUUAGAUCUUCUGAGUGUAUAUUUUUUACUUUUUAUAGAUUUAAAAACUAUAAUUCUUUAUAUAUAUGUUGGGGGUGGUUAUGAUAAGUUUUACACUUGUUUAAAUGGUAAACAGUUCAAAUUUCAAUCCUAACUUUUUUUUUUGUCAUUAAAAUGUAUAAAGAGCCCAUUAAUCCAGUUUUCUUUAACUACAAUGACUGUGGCACACCAAAAAAAAUCUUUCACUUCUGUUAUGGCAUUAUAAAAAAUAAAUAUUUUGCUAGUGUA